AUGGCCUUCCAACAAUCCGCGGCACCGCGGCCAAUUGUCAUCAAUGCAAAUCAAUCUCAAGACUCUUCAUCUCAGACCCAGUUACGACAAUCAGCAGUAGAAGACUCCCAAGAAUGGGUCCUGUUCUCUCCUAGCACCGCAGAGUCAACCAUCACCCGCACUCAAACCAGUCAGACUGCAGGGGUUUCAAGAGCAAGCGAUGUAUCACUUAACACUGCUGGGCGGUCGGGUAGACUUGAAUCAUCCGUUUUCGAUGAGGAGGUCACAGAAGAUGGUGAACUCGACAGCCUCGACGAUGGACUGCAUGCGUUCAGAGAACCUCCCUUGUAUCCCACCAUCUCCCACCAGACUCAGGGCGCCGUGUUGCCGACCCAUGACGGCCUGGGAACCUUCCCCGCUUCAAGCCCUCCCGUCCUUGAACAAUUAUGGCAGCAUGAGGCAUACAACCCAAAACGAAAACACGACGGACAUCACCGACGACCUUCCAGCGUGCAGAGGAGGCUCGAUACCAUAGAUGAGAUCGAAGCGCAGGCGAGCGAAGAGAAGAGAAUGCGGAUAGAGAAGUGGCGUAUGGAACAGAGUCAAGCAUUAAUGGACGAAGUGGAACGGGAAACUCGCCGACGACUGAGGAGGGGAUCUCGCCAGUCCUCUUACCAGGAGACACUGGCAUCUAUCAAUGAGGAUGUGCUGGGGACGACACCGAAGCAGAGCGACUAUCUAUCCAGGCCAGCCGCAGAGCCAGAGGAGGCAGAGCCGUUCUGGCGCCGCAUCACCAAAAAGUUCAUCCGUGAUGUUAUUGGCAUUGAUGAACCGCUUCUGUCAGUGAUAUUUGGAGAGAGCCUUCCAGAUGAGGCCUACGACAGCAGGCCGUCCUCCAGCCACGUUCUGCCUUCUAUACCUGAGCUGGCAACGGAAGGCCGUCCUGUGGAAGACUCAACGUGGAGGGACAAACUUCUUCAACGCAUUGCCCGCGAGCUGGGUGUCCUUGUGCACCAACUCUCACCACACCCGGGAGCUUUCACGACUUACUCCCGCAGUCCUGACUAUGCCGGCAUGCCGGUCUCCGUGUCUCGACCCAGGCCCCAGGUUUCGCUGUCACCCAGCGAGGAAAGCCCAGUUAAAGAUACCAUCUCGUCUGGUAUGACGCCUAAUUUUCCACCAACCAUCCGGGAUCCAGCCCAUGCUGAGAACUGGGGUUUUGAAGAAGACCCCGUCUCUACCGCCUCGCCACUCGAUUCGUCUAUGAGCCUUCGACGGGAGAGAGAAUACUGGGAGAGAGAGCUUGAUCUGAAAAUGGUGUUCCGCUACCUCAGGGACCGGUUCGCGAGCAGGUCAUCUGCUCAAUCGCCCCAAGCCGCAGGACAACCUCUUGAAGAUGCCGCCACUCGGACGGCGAUCAUCCGGCAGCACCAUCCUCUUGUCGCUCGGGCUCAACGAUCUCCUGCUCGCUUGCGACGUGAGUCUAGGGCAAGCAUCAGACGACCUGCAAGCAGCUGCGCCAGCGAAAGCGUGCGGAGCAGCAGGAAAGCCUCUGUGGUGAGAAGCGGCUCGAGUCGCAACUACUGGGAUAUUGGCGGAAGCGUCGGAAGCGGAAGCAUCUUAGCCAGUGGUGGGGCUUGGGGUGAAGUGUAG